AUGGAUAGAAGUUGGAUGUAUCAAAGACGAACUCAACGUGGUGAUCUUAAUCAAGAUUUUAUUGAAGGAUUGGAAACAUUUAUUGAGUUUGCAUGUAGUAAGCCGAAUUUUAUGGAUGGAACUAAAAUUCGAUGUCCAUGUAAAAGAUGUCGUCACAUCUCAUUUGAAGAAGCUGAGAUGGUGAGAUUUCACUUGUGCAAAUUUGGUUUUGUGCCAAAUUACUUUGAGUGGAAUAGACAUGGAGAAAUGUCACACAAUCAAACUUCAAUGGAGUUUGAUGCAAAUUGGAGUUUAAAUGAGCAAAAUGAAUCGUUGGAAUCAUAUCAGCAAAUGGUUUAUGAUGCUGCUGGUCCAAAUCUCAUAGCGAGGAAUAUGCGCGAGGAGCCAAAUGUAGAAGAUAAAAAAUUCUUCGACAUGUUAGAUGCUGCUGAUAGACAAUUAUGGUCUGGUUGUGAGAAGUUAACACAAUUAUCUGCUGUGGCUCGAUUGCUAAACAUAAAGACAGAAUAUCGUCUGCCAGAGCAAUGCUUUGAUGCAUUCUGUCAAUUAUUUAAGGAUGGUUUACCUGAAGACAAUAACAUGGUUGAUAGUUUUUACCAGACAAAGAAACUAAUACAAGGGCUUGGGCUACCAGUGGAGAAAAUUGAUUGUUGUAGGUUGGGGUGCAUGCUAUAUUGGGGUUAUGAUAAGGAGUUAACCCAAUGCAAAUUGUGUCAGCAACCAAGGUACAAAAAAUCAAGUCGUUCAUCUAACAAAUCACUUGUCUCUUACAAGAAAAUGUAUUACUUUCCAUUAGCUCCAAGACUGAAGAGACUUUAUGCUUCAAAAACAACAGCUGCUUCUAUGAGAUGGCACAAUGAGGAUCAUGGCCACGAUUCUGGAGUUAUGUGUCAUCCUUCUGAUUCGGAAGCUUGGAAGCAUUUUAAUGCAACGCAUCCAUCAUUUGCAUUAGAAAGCCGUAAUGUUAGGUUGGGUUUAUGCACAGAUGGAUUUCAACGACUAUUCUCCUUAUGCAACAACGACUUGAUGCUAUUGAUGGCGGGAGAGCGGAUGAUUGAGGCCCAUGUGGAGCCGGCUGAUGACAAGGUGGGACCAGUGGUGGACGAUCCGGGCCCGGAGGAGGAGGAGGUGUGGGAGGUUCCUCCUCUUUUUGGCGUAGCCAUGUCUCCGAGUGCCUUGGAGAGGCCCUUGCAGAUGAUUGACGACGGGAAGCCAGCCGUGUAUCUGGACGAGGUGCCGGAGCCUGAGCCGAGUCCUCCACCUUUCCGCCCUCAGUACUUCUUGGAGGGUCCUCCCCAUGCUUAG